AACGUCUCCGAGGACCUUCAUCAAUUAAUGGAGUUACUUAAUGGUGAAUCAUGGGGGAAUUUGUAUUUCUAUCUUCAGGCGUCUGUAAAUACUAGGGGAUGAUCAUUCCGAAGAGCUGCACAAGUGCUGUAAUAUGACAGUUGCAGUUAAUUUGAUGGGUUUCUACUCCCUGGAGAGCAAAAAGGGAUUGGCUUAUACUUUGAAAUAUGAUGGGUUUGAUGUGAUGUACAACAUUAGUGCGGUUUUAUGUGAUCAGUGUGAGGGAUUAGGUGGGAUAUGCGAAAACAAUCCAAGUUCAGUUCCGUAUCUACAAACAACGUGCAAGCGUAGUUCAGGAAGGACUUCUGCUCUCAAAACCAAAAUUCUGAUUCUUAUAGGUAUUCACACAUGAUCAGCACUCUUAUGAUGCAUGAUUUGGUUGUUUGCCUAUUUCGUUUAGCCAUAGUAUAAUCCAUGCAUUGUUAUGUAAUUAAACUUUACUAAACCUGAGCAGUAGAUGAAUUUGGCAAUGCUAUAAUAGUCUUUGUACGUGGAUAUUGGUAAAGUUAUGUUAAUUAUAAUCAAAGUCUAAAAGAAUAGUAUUGCUACAUAUAGUUGGAGUUUGGAGAAGAGUAUAUACACUUCAAUUGACAUUUGAUAAUCUUGUGCUUUUGAAAUAGCUAUUCCUGCAAUAGGCAUUGGAGCACUACUAGCUUUUAUCAUUAUAGUUGUUUUCAAGAGGAUUAAUAGAAAGGUAACAAAGAAUGACCGAGAAAUUGAGGCUUUCAUUAGAAAUUAUGGAACUUUAGCUCCUAAAAGAUACUGUUUUUUGGAUGUCAAGAGAAUGACCAAUUCAUAUAAAGAAAAACUACGCCAUGGUGGUUAUGGAGAUGUGUACAAAGGUAAUCUACCAGAUGGUCGUCUUGUAGCUGUGAAGGUCCUUAAUGUAUCCAAGGGGAAUGGAGAAGAAUUUAUUAAUGAAGUUGCAAGCAUUGGUAGAACUUCCCAUGUCAAUGUUGUUACACUUCUAGGAUUUUGUUUGGAGAGUGAAAACAGAGCUUUGAUCUAUGAGUUCAUGCCAAAUGGGUCUCUAGAAAAGUUCAUCUUCAAGGAAGGCACUUCGGAGGAUAAUCAGAAUUUGGAAUGGGAAAAGCUAUAUGGUCUUGCAAUUGGAAUAGCUCGAGGGCUCGAGUACUUGCACCAUGGAUGUAACACAAGGAUUUUGCAUUUGGACAUAAAACCUCAAAACAUUCUUCUUGAUGAAGAAUUUUGCCCAAAGAUCUCUAAUUUUGGGCUGUCCAAACUAUGCUCUAGAAAGGACAGUGUUGUGUCAACAUUGGGACCCAGAGGGACACGUGGGUAUAUAGCUCCAGAAGUCUUUUUCCGAAACUUUGGGGCUGUUUCACUUAAAUCAGACAUCUAUAGCUAUGGAAUGAUGAUUCUUGAAAUGGUUGGAGGAAAGAAGAGUGUUCAAACAAGGGUAAGUGCUAGCAGUGAGUAUUUUCCAGAUUGGAUUUACAGGCAUCUAGAAUUGGUUGAUGAACUUGGACUGCAAGGUUUAAAGUCCAAAGUAGAAACUGAUAUCAAGAGGAAGAUGAUAUUGGUGGGGCUGUGGUGCAUACAAAUAAAACCUUCUAACAGGCCAUCAAUAGAGAAGGUGAUUGAGAUGUUAGAAGGAAGUGUGGAAGCUUUGCCAAUUCCACCCAAGCCUAUUCUUUCUUCUCCCCCAAGACCGCUACCUGAUUCUUCUGCCACAUCUGGUUGCAAUACUAUAUCACUACUAGAUUAAUUUGUAUACUUGGUUUAUCUUUUAUGUCUAUCUAAAGGAAUUUGUACUGAUUGUUAAGACCAUAAAUCUAUGACAGUACAAGGCUCAUGAAUAGUUCAUGUUAGGUUGAUAUGUUAAUUUUCCUUGUGUUUGGUUUAAGUGAGCUAUCGGCCCACGGCAUUAGGAUUCCAUGAUAAUGCAAUAAAUAUUCAUGGUGAGGUCUUGACUCCUUGAAAGAUGAAAGCAUGAUUAUUGGACGAUUUUUCUGUCAAAAUCCAUUUUUCAUCAAUGCAAAAUAAUGCUUAUGUGCAUGG